AUGGGCUCCCUCAACCCUGCACCCUCCCAACAGCCCCAUGUUCCCAGCCCCGGAGUAUGGUGUCCAGCAGUCACAUUCUUCAACCACUCAGACGACACAGUAGACCAUGCCUCUCAAGCAAAAUACUUUGCCCACCUCGCCGACUCCGGCCUAAACGGCCUUAUCGUGAUGGGCUCCAACGCCGAAGCCUUCCUCCUCACCCGCGAAGAGCGCUAUGAGCUCAUCGCCCUCGCCCGCAAGACAAUCGGCCCCGACUUUCCCCUCAUGGCCGGUGUCGGAGCUCACUCAACUAAGCAGACUCUGGAGCUUGCUGAAGAUGCUCACAAGGCUGGCGCGAACUAUCUCCUCGUGCUGCCUCCUGCGUACUUUGGCAAGGCGACGAGCAUGAAUGUUGUUAAGCGCUUCUUUUCGGAGGUUGCGAAGAAGUCGCCUUUGCCUGUUGUUAUUUAUAACUUUCCUGGUGUGACGAACGGUGUCGAUAUCGAUUCUGAGACGAUUGUCCAGAUUUACGAGGAGAGCAAGAAGUCUCAUCCUAGCGGAAAGUCCAACGUUGUCGGCGUGAAAUUGACCUGUGGCUCCGUUGGAAAGAUCACUCGUCUCGCAGCUCAAAUCCCUUCUUCAGAAUUCUCUACAUACGGUGGUCAAUCCGACUUCCUCAUUGGUGGUCUAGCAGCCGGCAGUGUAGGAUGCGUGGCAGCGUUCGCCAACGUCUUCCCAACUCUGACAUCGAAGAUCUACGCUUUGUACAAAGAGGGAAAGUUCGACGAAGCGCUGAAGCUGCAACAACUUGCUGCUCUUGCUGAGCGACCUUGCAAAGCGGGCGUUGCUUCCACAAAGUACGCUGUUGCUGUGUUUUCGGCAAGACUGGCGGGUGUCGAAGGGGCCGAGGAGAAGUUGGCCCCAAGACAUCCUUACGAGCCCGUUGGUGAGGCGGUGAAGACUAGUGUUAAGAGUAUCAUGAAGGAGGCGGGUGACAAGGAGGAAGAGUUGCUCAAGACUUGGACGGAUCGGGUCAAGGGACGUCUUAACUAG